AUGCAUAGGUCUGCGGGAUUGACGAUGAGAAAACUGUGCGGGGAAAUUGUAUGUCCCAAAUAUCACUUGUGCCAGAACCACGAUCUUCAGUGCUACCCAUGUGGAUCGUACUGCAAUGAGACAUCCAACAAUUUCGACGCCAACAUAUGUGAGCAACAGUGCCAAGAUUACAUUCAUGAUUACAUUCAACGUUAUGUUAAAGCUGAUGAAAUCCAAGAUUCACUUCAAGAUUUGAAAUUCCUGAAAUUUUGGAUGACGUGUUUAACGGUGCUGUUAGUCAUUGCGUUCAUUUCAUUUUUUUUGGCUUGGAUGAUUUUAUGGAAACGCAAGAGGGAAACAUUGAACAUUGAGAACGGGCGCAAAGAUUCGGGUUUCAAAAAUAAAAUAGUUUCUUUAAAGUUCAAAGACAACGCGGUAAGUAUAAUGAGUGAGACAAUGGACAACCCUUUGACUGAGUCAACGGUGAGUUCGUCAUUCAACCCACAGGCCAGCACAACAAACUCAUCACUGAACAAGAUGCCCUGCGAAGAUUUCACACUUGAGACCCAGGAUUUUAUCAGCUACGUCAACUUGGGGAUGUGGAAAAUGCCCCCCGCGAUCCCUGGAAAACUGUAA